CUUCAACCGAUCUGCAAGUCAAUCACCUUAAGACUUGACUCUCUGAGAAACAAAUAAUUGUAACAGGAUGAUCCCCAGCCUCGUCGUGAUCUCCAUCUCCACCCUCAUCCUCACCCCAGCAGCCACCGCAACCACCCUCUCCUCCACAUUCCCCUCCACGCGCAUCGCCCAGCAAGUCUUCGACGGCGACAAUUUCCUCAAAUAUGAUGGCAUCCGGGGCCCCUACGUCGAUCGCAAAUCCUACGGCAUCAGCCGCGACCCGCCCCCGCAAUGCACCGUUGACCAAGUAGUCAUGGUGAAGCGCCACGGCGAACGAUAUCCUGCCUCGGGCGAGGGCCCCUCGAUCGAGGUAGCCCUGAAGAAAGUUAACAGCACCGUCCAAUCCCUCGAAUCCGGGAAGGGCGACCUGGACUUCCUCCGCGGCAACUGGACUUACUAUGUGCCCUCGGACUGUUACGAGGCGGAGACCUUCACGGGGCCCUACGCGGGCCUCGCAGAAGCGUACUCUCAUGGACAGCAGUACCGUGCACGUUACGCUCACCUCUGGACUAAUAACAGCAGCAGCAGCAGCGCGCCGCUCGUGCUUCCGCUUUUCGCGGCGGAGUAUCAACGCAUCAUUGACACGGCCAGGCGGUUUGGGGAGGGGUUUGUGGGUGAGGAGAAUUACUCCACGCAGGCUGCUAUGAAUCUCGUCUCGGAGUCGAGCAGCCGCGGCGCAGACAGUCUGACGCCCUCGUGUCAUCAGGAUGAUAGCACUGCGCGGGAUAAGUGCAAUGCGUAUCCGUAUCGUCUCCCGCAGUUCGAUGCCGCUGCGGAGCGGUUGAAUGCGCAGUACAAGGGGCUUAACCUCAGUUGGUCGGAUGUCGUUACGCUGAUGACAAUGGCGGCGUACGAGCUCAACGCACGCAGCGAGUCCAAAUGGAUUGACGUAUUCACCACGGACGAAUGGGUCAGUUUCUCGUACAUUUGGGAUGUGAACUUCUAUUAUUGCGCCGGCCCAGGCAACAAGUACAUCCGCGCUGUCGGCGCGAACUACCUCAGUGCCUCGCUCUCGCUUCUCCAACAGGGUCCCUCAGCAGCAGGAUCUUUGUUCUUCAACUUUGCCCACGACAGCAACAUCUCCCCCAUCAUCGCCGCCCUCGACAUCGCCAACCCCCCGCAGGACCUCCCCACGGACCGCGUCGCCUUCGACCUCCAGCAACACUGGCGCAUCACCGACAUCAUCCCCAUGGGCGGCCGGCUGACCAUCGAGCGGCUGAACUGCAGCGCGGGGUCGGCGCUCGGCGCCGCGGGGAUCUACGUGCGGCUGGUGUUGAACGAGGCGGUGGUGCCCCUGCGGUCGUGCCAGGAUGGGCCGGGGUAUUCGUGCUCGUUGCAGCGGUAUGCGGAGUUUGUGCAAGGAUUGCCGGUGUUUGCGGACGAGUGUGCGGUGCCCCCGGACGAGCCGCAGCAUCUGGAUUUUUGGUGGAAUUAUACCACUUCUUCGAAAGAGAAUUGGCAUCGGGGGGAGAGAUGUAAUGGGCUUGCUUAGGGGUCCCGAAGUUGUUUCUGGGCUUGAUAUUUGGGUGGAUUGUUUCUGUCUAGUAGGUCAUAUGGUCGUGACAGGAAUGUCACCAGAGC